CCGUGAGUGAGAAUCGAGUGAUUCUGCAAUCGAUUCUCAGCCCUGGAUUGAGUGAGGGGUGAUUUUGGAUGGAGAUGAAGGCGGUGGUGUCCUGUGCCGGGCUUUUGCUUCUAUUUGCGUGGCUUUCUCCAAGCCAAGCCCUUUAUUUCCACAUCGGAGAGACGGAGAAGAAAUGUUUUAUAGAAGAAAUACCCGAUGAAACCAUGGUGAUCGGAAGAUACAGAACACAGCUGUGGGACAAACAGGCUGGCUCUUUCCUCCCGUCCACCCCUGGUUUAGGCAUGCAUGUGGAAAUCAAAGAUCCUGAUACCAAGAUCAUUCUGUCCCGUCAGUAUGGCUCAGAUGGGCGUUUCACCUUCACGUCCCACACCCCAGGCGAGCAUCAGAUCUGCCUCCACUCCAACUCCACCAAGAUGGCACUGUUUGCUGGUGGAAAACUGAGAGUCCAUUUGGAGAUUCAGGUUGGUGAACACACCAACAACUACCCCGAAAUCGCAGCCAAAGACAAACUGACCGAGCUGCAGCUGCGGGUCCGACAGCUCCUGGACCAGGUGGAACAGAUCCAGAAAGAGCAAAACUACCAGCGGUACCGUGAGGAGCGUUUCCGUAUGACGAGCGAGAGCACGAACCAGCGCGUUCUGUGGUGGUCUAUCGCUCAGACCAUCAUCCUCAUCAUCACUGGCAUCUGGCAAAUGAGACAUCUCAAGAGCUUCUUCGAGGCCAAAAAGCUGGUGUGAAAAUCAGAAAACAUUACAAAGACAAUAACCCAAGUAACAUUUAUUGUCAUUUUUUAUCUCAAGCAUGGAAAUACUCAGUGCUUAUUUCAAUAUUUUGUUUUUAAAUUCAGUUCGUUUAAACAUUAUCUUCAGCAGAUAAAUUUAGACACAAUGAGCUUUGAAUGAAGUCUUAAACAUGCAGAAUAUUAACAACCCUUAAUAUUGCUGCUAUAUACCUGAUACCCAUUUGUCAUAAAUUAAUCAUAAAUGCAUAGAAUGUUGUUUAAGUGUUCAUAUUACUAAAAAGUGUGAUAUGAAAAUGUAAUGCUUUUAAAGUGAUGAUCAUUAUGGGUGUUGACUUUAAGGUCGCAUUACUGAUAAAUGUGAAGAAUCAAGCCAGCUAAUAAUUUAAGCGUUUCUAAACAUUUUUAAUAUGUAUAUAUUGAGGUAUAUUGAAGAUUUGUGGCUUUCUUUUCAUGUUCUGUUUGUCUUGGGCUCUAAACACCCUCAAAUUAGUUUGAUGUUCAUGAUCUUGAGGGGAAAUGAUUCAAGCAAAUUGAUUGUAGCUUGCCUAGUAGCUGUUUAGACCAAAAAGUAAAUCCAUAUUUUAGGGAUUUUCUUUCUUUUAUUGAUUUACAAAAUGUGAUUUUUGUUGUUCUCAGUGUUCAUGCUUUAUUUAUUCACUGCAUUGACCAGAUUUAAAAUAUUAUUCCAGUAGAUCAGUAGAUAAAAUGAGCAGGAAUGUCUGUAAUUUAAUGAAAACUUUUGGUUUUCUGGGUUCUUUUUCAAAUGUUGUUUAUAGGAUUUUUGGAAAUUUUUGUACUGGCUUCUUACAAGUACCAAUUUAUAAAAAUGCUGGAUUGCAUGACACACAAUGGCAAAAUCCUCCAUGUAAUGUGAAAGGCUGAAGGUUAUUUACUGUAUUCUCAAGUGUCAUUCAUGCUUUGUAAUAGACUAUUCAUCUGUGCACACACUGUGCAUGCACAAACUUAACUGUAUGCUUGAUACUCCGUUAAAACUCAUUGUUUGACACACCAUUCAUAAACAUUGUCUGUUUCUAUUUUAGUUGGGUUCUUAAUGGUUUUCGAAUUAAAGGUUUUAAAUUGACAAAA